AGUAGACAUGUGACACUGGUGGUUCAGUGGAGAUGGAAACAGCAGUGGGGCUGCUUGGAAUAGGCAAAUACAGGAGAUGAAUAGAAAGUGAUAAGGCUGCCGUACUUAUGACUCAAUAGGAGUCCCUCUGCAGAGAGGGGAAGUUGUUAAAAGCACACACACUGAGGUCACAAUUGCUUACACACACACACACACACACACACACACACACACACACACACACACACACACACACACACACACACACAGACACAGAGGAACUCAUUCACAUGCACAAACAAAGACUCUCCCCUACCCAAGGACCACCAGCCCACGUUACAGACUGGAUAGAUUCCCUGGGCGCUGACUGUUCCCACUAUGGACAACAAUUCUGAUGUGAAGGCCAUCAUGGCUCGCUUCAACACGGGGGGAAAUGCUACAGAGGGUAUCUCCUCAGAACGUCCAAAAGCUACAGUGCACUCCACCCUGUCUUCAGGACCCCCCAUCCAGCCUAAGAAACCUGCCCUGGAGACCAGCCUCUCAGGCAGCGCAGCCUCCACCGCGCCCAAACUCAACUUCCUCAAGAGCACCCUCUCCACCAAGAGCGCUCCAGAAGUCAGGGACUUUCCCAAAAUCAAAGUGAUCCCUAGUAAGUUUGGAAACGCCCAAGAGGACAGCAAACCCUCCUUUGUCAAACAGUACCCCUUUAAACUCAAACCACCUGGCCCAGAGAUAUCCCAGGAUGCUGAGGUCAAAAGCCCUUUGCCCAAACUCCCUCUCCAGAAGCCAUCUCUGAGCUUGACCUCGUCUGACACCAAGUCUGCCUUUCCCAAACCUCCCCUGGGUGUGGCCAAACCCUCCUGGGUCAAAGACAGCAGCCCCAAACCUGACGAUAGUGCGGGUACCUCGAACUCCAUCCCACCCAAAAUACCCCCUUCCAAAAAAAACAUAAUCUCCAUUGCAAAGAUGAGUCUACAGACAGAGGAUAGUGUGGAUGGAGCAGUGGAUUCUACAACCAAACCACUGGGAGCAGCUUCUAUCCUCAAACCCUCCAACUUCAGGACUGCACAGAACAUGUUCAAUAGAGGAGAUACCCUAUCUGAGAAUGGGGUAAAGGAAAUAACCAAACUUCCCCUCACUUCCAGCGACUCUUGUCUUCCUAUACCUACAGCCAGUAAGAAACCCAGCUUCAUUAAGAAGCCCCUGGGUCCCACCUCCCCAGUCGUGGGGGUGAGCAACAGUAGCCCGUCCCCCCCAAAAUUGAACCCCAUGCCCAAUUUCCUGGCAAUAGGGACUGCGCCAGCCAAACCCAACCGGCCUCCUAGGGUGACCUUGGAUAAGUUCAAGAAGGGCACAGCGGCUAGUACCGAUGGUCCUGCUGGGUUAAAGAAGGGAUCUGUUCCCCCAAACCCUGCCUCUCACCCCAGUAACCAUAUGGCCCCACCCCUGCGCUCUCACCCCAUGGCCCCUAGCCUGCCCCCGCGACCACCAGAAGCCAUAAUCCAACCUGACCCAGAUGAGAACUAUGAUGAUGUGGGGUUAAUGAACAAUCCUCCACCCCCUCCCUAUGGAGGACAUCCUAGUCAACAGACUAAGGACAGUGAGAGUGAUGAAAUGUAUGAAGAUCUUGACAAAAGAUGGGGGGCAGUGGAAUCAAAGGAGCAGGAGAAGAAGAGAGAGAGAGAGGAGAAAGAACGACAGGUGGAAAGGAAAGAACAGAAAGAACGUGAGAGGAAAGAACAAGAGGCCAAAAAGAAAUUCAAACUGACUGGUCCACUGAAGGUCAUCCACAGGGUCCAGGCCAGAGUGGACAGUAAAGGGAGUAAGACGGACCUGGGGCUGAAGCAGGGAGAGUCUAUUGACAUCAUGCGUGUUUUGGACAACCCAGAAGGACGCUGGCUAGGGAGGUCACAGGACGGCUCCUAUGGCUAUGUGAAGACUGAGUCUGUUGAGAUUGACUUUGACACCCUGAAGCGUCAGGGUGUGUCUAUAUCCAGUCAUAUGGAGCACGAACCGGAGGUAUACGAUGAUGUGGCCUUUCAGAAUGACCCCAGCAGUGGGAUUAAGAGUGCAGGAAUGGUUCUUCCUUCCCCUCCUGAUGAGGAUAGUGACAUAUAUGAUGAUCUUGACGAUUCAAGCUUCGACGUCAGAGUAUCCCCACCUUCCCAGUUUGACCAGACAGGAAAUACUGUCAGUGAUUCAGAUAUUUAUGAUGAUGUUGACACCACUAACUUCCACCUGCCUCCACCUAUUAGCAGUCUCCCACUAAGUAAAACCAAGGGUAAGGCUGAGGACAAAGAUCCUAAAAAGCUAAAGAAAUUUGAAAAGGAAGAGAAGGAAUUCAGAAAGAAGUUCAAGUAUAAUGGGGAAAUCCAGGUACUCUAUCAGGUGACCAUCGUUUCCACCUUGGCCAAUAAGAAGUGGAGCAGUAAAGAUCUGUUGUUGAGACCUGGGGAGACUCUGGAUGUCAUCGUGAAGCCUGUAGACAACAAACUCAUCUGCAGAAACGAGGAGGGCAAGUUCGGCUACGUCUUGACCAGCCAAAUUGUAGUAGAAGAUGCUGAUAUCUAUGAUGACAUUAGUGAUGGUUGCAUCUAUGACAACGACUGAACACUGUCUACAAAGUGAUGCAAUAUUUGUAUUUUGGGAGUUUCUUGUUUAGAUCAACAACCUUUAUCUAAUUUACUGUGAUUAUUUUGAGGUGAAGUGGUUUUCAUUCAAGAACAACACAGUCCACAGACACUUCCUCCCUUUAUGAAUAACUGUGACUUUGCAUUGAAUAGGCCUAAAUGACAUACAAUGUUACGUUUUUAUAUUGAAAGUGUAUUUCAAUGCUUAUAUUCUAUAUUCAACAAGAGAUAUUACAAUUCUGAUUGAAAACAAAGGUGCAAUGAUGAUACAUUUUCAUCAAAAAAAAUAUUAACAAUUUGAUGCCAAAUAUAGCAUAUCUGAUCAGUUGUCAUAUGGUUGGCUGGUUCUCACCUGACAGGUGAGUUAUGUCAUAUUGUAGACCUACUGAAAGUAAGAGUCCAUUAGUGAUGUGCAGUUCGCAAACGAUUUGUUAUUUUUUAACUACUCUUUUUACUGACUCGAGAAUCAUAAUUAGUUUGACUGAGAGACCUGUUCAUUUUAGUUCUUUGCUAGACCUGCUUGUGCUGGCAGCAAUGUAUCCUACCACUGUAUCCUACCACAGAGAUAAUAAUAGAGGCCCACAGUGGAGGCGUCAUGAUACCCAGCUGUCAAACAGAGAAAUGGUUCCUAUCGCUUCUCCACCAGUAAUUCUUCCCAUAGGGAAUUGUAGAAACACUUAAAAUAAGGGUGUGACAUUUUGAUCACCAUGUAAAUCUCUAACAAGGUGACUUUCAUCAAUUUUUUUGGCUCCAUUUACUCAGAUUCCAAAAUGAUCAUUAACAUCAAAGUAGGCAUCAUGCAAGACUACAAAACCCUCUUGCACGUCAUCUUUAACUGACACCUUUGCUAACAGGUAUUGAUUCAAUUUAAAACCUGCACACGACAGUUCACAGAAUUGUCAAUUCAAAGAAAUGUAGCCUAUUUAUUUAUUACCACAUGUAGCUAACAUUAGAUAGUUAAUCCAGAGAUUCUUACCUUUGUCUCGAGUCGGCAGUCUCGUCCAGAUCAUAAUGGCAUUUGUAGUUCUUUAUGAUAGCUACAUGAACAUCUAAUUAGCAUUUCAUUUUGGGGUUGAAAUACAGGUGAAAAUAUUGAGAGAUUUACAUGGUUAUCAAAACAUCACGCCACGGUAAGCCUACACAAAACACAGCCCAUAUUUUAAGUGUUUAUAAAAUCCCAUAUGGGAAACACGAAUGGAGGAAAUGGUUCCAAUUUUUUUUCCUCCAUUCGUUUUUCCCAAAUGGGAUUUUAUAAACACUUAAAAUAUGGGCUGUGUUUUGUGUAGGCUUACCCUGGCGUGAUGUUUUGAUAACCAUGUCAAUCUCUCAAUAUUUUCACCUGUAUUUCCCCCCUGUCAUUGCACCUUCUUCUUCUAUGAUAUCAUGGCAGUCCGGAAACAAUCGUUUAAGUGCAUGCCGCCACCUACUGUGCUGGAAUGCACGAUCAAUCAUGAUCUGCCCAAAUCUGUACUAUCAUGAAAAUACAAUUCAAAACCAAAUUAAAUCCCUACUAACUUCUAGCAACCCCCUCCCCCCUCAACCCCACUAUUCUUGAUCUGUAUCAUGCUAUCAUGCUGAAACACUCCACCCUUAGGAUUGUUCAGUAUGUCAACAACCAUUUUUAACAUAUGCUGUCUCCACAACAACCUUCAACCUGGCAUUUCUGCUUUCUGCUUUCAUAUUGAUAACCUUAUCAAUAACAGCUAUGAAGUCAACUUCAUUCAUUAUCAAAGUGUCCUUUGACACUGCACAUUCAUGAGCACAAGAUUUCUGAACAGGCCUCCAAACCAUGCCAGGACCAGCAGAAGCACCAUCCAUGUAAGCUCCAUCAGUCCGCACUGUAGUUCCACCAACCUGUUUUAAGGCCUCCUCAUAUGAUACAUCAUGACUGAUCUUAUAUCUCUGAGCCUCUCUCUGUAGCUAACAUCCACCAAAUGCUGCACUGUGUUCUCCCCCACAAUUACAGCACUUAACCAUCACAUUGCUUCCACAUUCACCAUAAUCAUGUGCCCCUCCACACUUGGCACAUAUUUUCUUUCCUUUACACUGAGCAGCUACAUGUCCCUUUCUUUGGCAUUUAAAACACUGCAGUGCAUACGGGACAAAUUCUCUGACAUUGAUACUGAGGAAUCCUAUCUGUACUUUUCCCAGCAAUACUUUCUCAAACCUCAGCAUCACUGAUAAGCUUUCACUUCUUUGACCCUCUUUCCUACUGAUCAACCUUUUGGCCUCAAUAAGUCUGCCUCCAUUCACAUUUUAAUAUCAUCUGUGGACAUAGAUAUUGAGACCCCAGGGACAUGGCUUUUAAUCUUCUUCCCAUUAAGCUUUUCCAUUUUCUAAAUCAUCUCUUGGUGAGCCUGGAUAUUACACAAUACUAACAAUCUGCCAUUUCCAAUUAACCAAGCUAAUUUCAUUUCACCUACCUCUUUCUCUAAAGCAUUAGUUAGUCGGAUAGGGUGUAAGUGGGGCCCUGUGGUCUCAUCAAACACUAUCACCACUUUCCACUCCAACACAUCACUACUCUUGAUUCAAACCUUGGCCCUCUUUAUGCUUUCUUUACUAGACGCUCCACUGCUUUCUGUAUCAUGAUCUCUCUUCUUCCUGUCUUUCCACUACCGACCAUUCUGGUCCUUGACCUUCAUCCUCCCAUUCCAUACAAUCAGAACUGAUACCCAUAUUGUUCGUAUUCCAACACGGCUGUUGCUUCACCAACUUUUUCACCAUUUAGCCUACACUACUCGCCACCAUUUCCUAUUCCCCGAACUAUGGAUCAACUCUACACGCUUCACCAAUCAAGGAACCUCAUGCGGACAACCUGCAGGCAGCAACCUGGUCAGAGCAAUUUCCUUGUUUGAAUGCUAGGUUUUAUGGGUAUUAUGACUCAUACUGUGGAACUCUAUAAGAAUGAGGCCUACAGCAGGAUAAAUACAUGCUCCUCCAGCUCAGUGCCUCCAGAGGUGUACCCCAACCACCAACUAAAAUAAUUGUCUUGUAUAUGUGCAAUCAUGAGUAUAGAGAAGAAAAAUACAUGUUUAGAACUGAGAAUUGUUUGCAUGGUGCAAGAAUGAAUGCAAUUAAUUGAUUAUUUAAUGUUAUGGUCACAGCUUUGUAGAAACAAAACAUACACAGCCUCUGCUCAACAACUAGAACAUUCAUAAUUUGGGGGUCUGCAGUUCGCAAACGACAGUGCUUAUAGUUUGGUUUACACCAGCUCCCGAAGUUCUAGUAGUCCCAUGUGUCGCGUCAGUAACAAUGCAUUCCGCCAAGUCAUUCACAAUCUAGUCGGUUUGAGGCCACAACUAGACCUCGUUUCAAAUAUAGGUCUAUCAAGAAAUAAUCGUAUUUGUAUGCCUAGCAAUUAACUAAUGUACAUUAUUUAGAGCACACGUUUACAAGUCACAGUCAAAAAUGACAGCUCCAAUAAGCCCCUUAUGGUGAACGAGAGGCUUGUAGAAUCACGAGUUUCUGUUCGCCAGUAGAGGGUCCAGCGUGCUCUGUAUGUUCCGUAGCUCUGGGCAUUACUGCCUCAAAUGAACGAAAUGAGUCGAAAUAUUAGUUUCUUUGACUGAAUGAAUCGUAAAGAUCCGAGUCGGUAAAAUGAGCCGAACUUCCCAUCACUAGUCCAUGACCACAUUACAUUGUAUGACAUAGCCCUAACCUGUCUGGUUGAAAGCGCGAGAGAACAAAAGUCUUGAUUGUAUAUAAAGCCCAUGCUAUAGAAAUAACGUUGAAUCACAUGAUAACAAAUAAAUAAAAGUAAGAAUUA